AUCGCUCCUGUUUUGGCGAGUAAUUCGUGUUGUGUUAUACAAUAAUACUUUAUUCCCCAUUCUAUUUGUUUCACGGAUUUAGGGUUUGGAGGCCGACGGUCGCGCUCUCGUAACUCAUGGCGGACGACGUCUUCGACGGGCUUCCCAUGUACGUUGAGGAGGACCAGGAGGAGAAUGAGGCGGAGAAGCCGAAGCGUCGGCAGCAGAGCCGGAAGCCGCCGCCGCCGCGCGUUACGCCGGAGGAAUUGGCAAGGAGGGAGUUCAAUGAAGCUAUGGGCCGUAAGCUUUUUGAGUACGACCCCAAGUUGGGAGGCAGCUACUACACCCGAGUUUGGUUCCUCGACUCCACCAAGAUAAUCUCCUCAGAUGUUGGAUCUCCAAUCGGUGUGUAUGGGACUGUGAUAAUCAGAGACAGCCUGGAUAUGAAAUGUAACUACAUCUUCCGCCGUGACAGAGACAACUGCCAACACAUCAGCUCACAUGUAUGUGCAAGGGGUGAAUCGCUGAUUCUGACUGGCCCGAGUAGAGGGGUUGUUUUUCUUGGUAAUGCCUUUUUCGAGAUAGAUCUGAAGAUCAGGGAAGGCAGAGAGUGUGAUGACAAGCAGUUCAACGAAGCAUUGAUUGAUGUGGUUGGAAGCAGAAUUAGCUCUGUAGUUCAAAGGGAAACUGUUGAUAGCUGGCGUAGUGAAGUGGAGCUGAUAUUUGCAUAUGUUGAGAAAGCAUUGGAGGGCACUAUUGAGAUAAAGAUUUUGUCAGGGCCUGAAUCUUUUUGUGGGAAAAUAACUGCUCGCACAACCGAUGUUUCGAGUCAUAUGCUGUUAUAUGACAGUGAUGUUCAUGGUGCCAUUACUGUUGGUGAUGACAGGGUUAUCCAACUACUUCGUCGUGUGGUUUCAGUCUCAGAGGAUAAAAUGCUGGAGUUCAAUAUCUGGACUACCAGCAGUGAUCAGAAUGCCAACACCACCCAUCGCCACAUUGAGUUCACUCCACUUAUGAAAGGUUCAGAGAGGGAUGCUAUUACCUGUGGUCUUUACAAUCUGCAAAUCAAGGUCGUUUAGUCGACAAUGUUUAAAUGAUGUUCUUGUUCACUUUUCAAGCACCUGCUAUGUCGGUUAUGCUGGUACAUACGUUUCAAGCACCUGUUAGGUUAUGUUAGUACCUAUGCAUGUAAACUUGGGAUGUCUCUGUGUUUAAGCAUGUACCUUAUGCUUAAGUUAUAUGACCAGUGCUCGUUUUCUU